AGGAAGGUAUAAUUACAGACAGAGAAAGAGAGAGGGGACAAACAGUGAGAAGCCAGAGAGGGAAAGAGUGCUAAAGAAAGAGUCAGAGAACUGUCUAACCCUGCCCACUUUCCACUCAACCAUUCAACUCCAGCACGGGCAGCCGUGCACCAUCAGGCUUCAUCAGACCUGCAGGAGGAGCUCACUGAAAGACCAGUGGUGCUUCGUUCAACCCUCUUCAACUUUUAUCACCAUGACCGCGCCAUUCAGAUAAGGAUUAUUUUGGACUGGCUCCCGCUUUCCUCAUCAGUUUGACAAACAAGCCAGUGCGGCAACUGUGAUCUUGGCAGUGGAGCAGAAGAGGACCAAAGUGUGAGUCUGCCGUCACUCAGGAUGUCCUCGCUCACACUUGUGACAGGGGUGCUAUUGCUCUCUGGCUGUUUGUCAGGGGGCUGCUCGCCCACACCGGCCGAGAGUGGCUUGCAAGGUGCAGGGCGGCCGGAUGAUCCCAUAACCCCCUGCCCAUCCUGCGCUCUAGCCCAGAAGCAGAAAGACUCAGAAGAGCAGACCGACAUGGUGGAGGCGGUCAAGAAGCACAUCCUCAACAUGCUGCAUCUGAACACUCGGCCCAAUGUCACACACCCAGUGCCCCGCGCCGCUCUGCUCAAUGCCAUUCGCAAGUUGCACGUGGGACGAGUUGGUGAGGACGGCACGGUGGAGAUGGAGGAAGACGGAGGGGGGCUGGGGGAACACCGAGAGCAACCUGAGGAGCAGCCCUUUGAGAUCAUCACCUUUGCUGAGCCAGGAGAUGCCCCGGACAUCAUGAGAUUUGACAUUUCUAAGGAGGGCAGCCCUCUGUCUGUGGUUGAGCAGGCCAACGUGUGGCUGUUCCUCAAAGUUGCCAAAGGCAGCCGAGGGAAGGGGAAGGUGUCUGUUCAGCUCCUGCAGCAUGACAAAGCUGACCCAGGCUCUGCGGACGGACCCCAAGAAGUAGUGGUGUCCGAGAAGACCGUUGACACGCGGCGCAGCGGCUGGCACACGCUACCAGUGCCCCGCACGGUGCAGACCCUGCUGGACGGGGACAGCAGCUUGCUCAGUCUCCAUGUGUCCUGUCCAAUGUGUGCCGAAGCUGGCGCCAUGCCCAUCCUGGUGCCUGCAGAGGGCAACAAGGUCAAAGAGAGAGAGCAAUCUCACCGACCCUUCCUCAUGGUUGUGCUCAAGCCAGCCGAGGAGCACCAGCACCGGCGCAGCAAACGUGGCCUGGAGUGUGAUGGCAAAAUCCGUGUCUGCUGUAAACGGCAGUUCUAUGUCAACUUUAAGGACAUCGGGUGGAGCGACUGGAUCAUCGCUCCGUCUGGGUAUCACGCUAACUACUGCGAGGGCGACUGCCCCAGCCAUGUGGCCAGCAUCAUGGGCUCUGCCCUCUCCUUCCAUUCCACCGUCAUCAAUCACUAUCGGAUGCGCGGGUACAGCCCCUUUAACAACAUCAAAUCGUGCUGCGUACCCACGCGCCUACGAGCCAUGUCCAUGCUCUACUACAAUGAGGAGCAGAAGAUCAUUAAGAAAGACAUCCAGAACAUGAUAGUGGAGGAGUGCGGCUGCUCAUAAGACGCCAUGAACUCCUAACGAACACUGCAAUGUUGGUACAAAGCACAUAUCAGAGGAUCGGCAGUCUGUGUUCUCCCACAAACGUUUGAACUGCAAACUCGGGCAGCCGGUUUGUUUCUAGAUCAUUCCAAAAGGACUGAUUGCUGGAGUGGUCUUUGUGGCACUUUCAUAUAAAUAUGACGGAGGAGAAUCAAGCAUAAUAUAUUUUUUUUAAUGAAGGGAGACUGAGAGGGAACGGGUGCAUGAGGCAGAGUGUCAGCCCUCAUUCUCUGCACUGCAAUAAAGAGAUUUAUUUUGAAGUGUGGAAUUAUGUAUUCUGAGGAGGAAAAGAAGAAGAAAAAAAAACAUGCAACUCUAUGCAAGUCAAGUAUUAUUACAGGACGUUCUUUUUUUAUUAUUUGUCUUUUAGCUUUUGUUUAAUGAUGUUUUUAUUGUCAUCCCUUUUUUCACGGACAAAAAUGUGUCGUUUUUUUUUUAGUACAUCUUAAAAGAAGAAAUUGUGUUUAUUUCAUUUCUCUUGAAAUACUUGAACAAAAAUUAGUUUGACCAGCUGCUGGAGCCAAACUACAUUAUUAUUGUUUUUAUGAUUAUUUUUAUGAUUAUUUUUCUCCUAAACAUUCUGAAUGUUGAUGAACGAACUAAUAUAAUUUUGCACUAAGCCAACAUUAGUACCAUGUGAGCCUCGGAGCAUUAUGGGCUGUAUUCCAAUUGCCGUAUCAGAGUCUAGAACCAGAAGCAUUUGAAACGUACACAUAGUAAACCAAAGACCAUACACAUCUCUUUCUCAGAGCAAAUCCCCAAAAUGCCCAGCUCUGUGAAUUUAUGAAAAUUAUGAACAACUGUGUAUGGCCGACAUAAUGUACCAUUAACUCAGUAUAGCAAAUAAAAUAACUUAAUUUUUUGUUUGUUUGUUUUUUCCUGCAACAGCAUCAAUGUUAAGAUACUUUUUUUCUCUGUGUGUUUCAACAGUGUUUGUCUCCAUCGAUGUAUGACAAAGGUCUUAGAUCCUGAACUGAAACCUAGCCUUCAACCGUUGUUCUCGACAGAAAUAUUCAGUAAAGAGAGAGAUAGAAACAAUGUCCUGGCGAGGGCAAUCAGCUUUGCCAGAUUCACAGUGCUAGACACUAAAGGAACUUACUGUGUUUUAUGUAGAGUUAUGCAACAUACGGUGAUAUGUUGUCAUGUUGUACAAAUUAAAAUAUGUGCUUGUCAUGUUUUAUAUCUAAUUUAUUUUGCAGCAUAUUCUUUGCUUCACUAUUAAAGCUGAAUUGUACAACUUCA